AAGCGGCCCAUUAAGUAGUCACAAGAUUCAGAAACCCCUACCGCCCCCCGCCCUCCUCUUCUUCGUCUCUCCAGUGGAACAAGUAUCGGAGUCUGAUCGUAAGCAAUGGCGAUGCUUAGAACAUUGGUGCACUCAAACCCUAAAUUAUCGUAUUCCUCCUCCCUUCUUCUUCCUCCCGCUCUUCUGAUUUCCUGCAGGGGAAUCGCUACUAAGCUCUUCGUUGGCGGACUAUCGUUUUACACCAAUGAGAAGGGGUUAUCUGAAGCGUUCUCUCAGUAUGGACAAGUGAUAGAAGCCCAAAUUGUAUCGGACAGAGUAUCAGAAAGAUCGAAAGGAUUUGGAUUCGUGACCUUUGCUUCAGAAGAUGAAGCCCACAAAGCCUUGGAGGAGAUGAAUGGCAAGCCACUGAAUGGACGCGUUAUUUUUGUGGACUAUGCAAAGCCGAGAACCAAUUAUGGCAGUGGAAUGCCGAUUGCAAGAGGACCCCCUGAUUCGAUAAAAGACGGUUGAUCUACUUAUGCAAGGUCUUCUAUUCGCUGGGGGGCACUUUCAGGAAGGAUUAAAUGCGGGGAAAAUCAAAUUCAUGUGAGUUUGCUGUAUUAUCUUAUCCUCAAAAACAACUCAGAAGCACAGCCAAGGCACGACAAAGCAAGUAAGAUCGUAUGGAAUAUUUCAUCUGAUUUCUUACAACCUCCAAAUUCAGUGGAUGGAAAUUUGAUAAACAUACCAAAUUCUUUCAAACGCUAUAUAGUUUGGUAAGGAUAUAGAAUUCCUGGAAGGUUGGACUAGCAAGAUGUAUUGCUUUUGUUUAUAUAAGCAUGUUUUUCAAGUA